UGCGCUCAGACGCAGCAGCAGCAGCAGCAGCAUCCUACUGGCCGGACCCUGGGAGGAAGCACGCUUCAGAGCGCAGCUCCCGAUCGCGCGGCGCUUGAUCGGGAAAAAAGGCAAAAAGCGCCUAUUUUGCGUGUACUAAAAAGUGACAGAAGCUGCACAAUAUCUUGACAGGACAUUUUUGUUUGGUUUUGUUUGCUUGAUUGGUUUCCUUUUGGAAGGGGAUUAUUGUUCGCAUGAGGCGAUCUGGGAUCUGUUCUCCACAGCGGAACGCACGCCGCUUCUUUUCCAUGGAGUUGUAUACAGUGGGAGUGCUCUGGGAAUCAAACUACUGUUGAGUCUCCUCUUAGUUCGUUUAUUUCUGUUCCGACUUGGGAUGUUGUUCAAUACGCAGAGGAAAACCAUGAUCUUCGCACUAUUAUAUUUUCUGCCUCUCAUUGAUGUGCUGACCUACGCGGAGGAGAACCUGCGCGCCGGCGCUUCUCGGCUGGACUGCGUGCGGGCCAGCGACCAGUGUCUGCGGGAGCAGGCGUGCAGCACCAAGUACCGCACGAUGAGACAGUGCGUGGCCGGCGGCAAGGAGAGCAACUUCAGCCUGGUGGCCGGCGUGGAAGCCAGGGACGAGUGCCGCAGCGCGAUGGAAGCGCUCAAGCAGAGCCCGCUGUACAACUGCCGGUGCAAAAGGGGCAUGAAGAAGGAAAAGAACUGCCUGCGCAUUUACUGGGGGUUUUAUCAGUCGUUACAAGGUAAUGACUUCUUGGAGGAGUCUCCGUAUGAACCAGUGAACAAACGUCUGUCUGACAUCUUCCGCCUGGCCCCUAUCCUAGAGGGUGGGGAACCAUGGAGCAGCUCUGCCACUUCAGCCCCAGGCAUGGGGGCUGCCAAGGGCAGAGUGUCCCAGGGAAGAGAGGCUAUUCUGGGCAGAGGGAGCCCCUCCUCCACAGAGCUUCAGGAUCCUAGUAGAAACAGGAGAGCUCAUCCCAAUUGGGCCAUACUCGGUGAGCCAGCGGUGGCCCGUGAAAACAACUGCCUGACAGCCGCCAAAGCCUGCAACCUAAACGACACAUGCAAGAAGUACAGAUCGGCCUACAUCAGCCCUUGCACCAGCCGCGUCUCCACUGCUGAAAUCUGCAACAAAAGGAAGUGCCACAAGGCCCUGCGGCAGUUUUUUGACAAGGUUCCUCCAAAGCACAGCUACGGCAUGUUGUUCUGCUCAUGCCCCGUCAGCGACCAGACAGCGUGCUCUGAACGCAGGCGUCAAACCAUUGUCCCUGUCUGUUCGUAUGAGGAAAAGCAGAUGCCAAACUGUCUGGAAUUGCAGGCCACCUGCAAGACCAACUACAUCUGCAGGUCCCGACUGGCUGACUUCUUUGUUAACUGUAUGUCAGAACCUCGCUCGCUGUCAGGAUGUCUGAAAGAGAAUUAUGCUGACUGCCUUCUGUCUUACUCUGGUCUUAUAGGGACCGUGAUGACCCCCAACUACCUGCGCUCCCCCAAAAUCAGCGUCUCCCCCUACUGCGACUGCACCAACAGUGGCAACAACAAAGAUGACUGCGACAAGUUCACCGAGUUUUUCACUGAGAACACCUGCCUCCGUAAUGCCAUCCAGGCCUUUGGGAAUGGAACGGACAUUGGGAUGUGGCCGCCACUAUCCCCCAUCCAGACCACCACCUCCAUCACCACACCCUACCAAAGAAACCGUGAACGCAACCCCAACAAUAUAGACAACCACAUUAAUGUCGACUCCAGCCUCUACCACUUCUGUGGCAACUUACAGGCUCAAAAAUUGCAUUCAAACACCACUGUUGAUGUCUGUUCGUCUGAUCCGCAGGCUCCAAAGGUAGAUGGUCCAAGCGCAUCCAACGCCAUCCUGAAAGACUCAGCCGUCUGCAGACAGUGUGUGGGUGUCACCUCCCUGCUGCCCCUGCUGCUCUACUUUGGAGCACAAGGCUACUUGUAGCCCUGCUGCUUGAAAGCUACAAAUGAUGGACUGAAAAAUUAUUUGUAUUAAAGAAAGCAAAACAGGAAAUGAUAUCCUUCUUUUUCAGUAACUUCUGUUGUACUUUUAUUGACCUUGGAUCUUUUGAUUUACACGUUUAUUCCCAUCUGUUGUUUUUGCAUUGUAGCUUAGUGCUUGAAUGGUGAUUUACAUUUUUACUUCAUCUUGGCUGAAUGUUCACAUUGGUUUAGUCAGAAAUGUGGAUUUUUAGCCUCUAUGAACGCUGCUUGUGCAGGCAGAUGUGACAAAUAACUCUGAGGACUACGUCCCACUAAUGGAUGAGCGAAGACCCUUGGAACACAGUGUAAAUUAACAUAAUUUUCAGAGUUGUCCAUUCAGUUUUCACCCAUGUCUGUUUAUAUGUUGAGGCUAUCAGUGGGAUCGUUCGCUCGGAAGUUACAGAAAGUUCAGUAAAAGCUACAAUUUAUCAUUCGGGCAGCCUUUCUGGUGUUGUUCAGUCUCCUCUGUGAUUUGUGUAUGUUUUGAUAUUGAUGUGAUCUGGUAUUUUACAUUUUUAUGAGCUUAAUGAAAGAUUAAGAUGAACAUUACCUGCUUAAAAACAUCCAAAAAGUUCGAGCAUCCAUGCCCAAAAUGUCUUUACUGUAGCUCAUACUGAACGUUAAUGUCAGCUGAUAUAAGCACACAUGGCAAAGUCCCACAAAGAAGUAUUGCACAUAUUACACAUGCAGAGAAUGAAAGCAGAAUGCAGACACAUGCAUACAGGAAGUGGCAGGCUUGUUGCUCCCAGUCUUUACACCUGAAACGCAGCCACUGAAUCCAAUCCAUUCAUCUGUGACAGUAAAUGCUUCUAAUUCUCCAUGCUUUAGUUUCUUUAUGGAAGGUGACAGCAAAGCUCCUGAACAAUCAUCUUAUGGUUGGAUCUCAUGUACCUACUGUCGCUAAGCCCAGCAUAACAAGAGCUGCCAAAUAAAUAGGCUUAUAGUUGUCAACUGUGUCCAACAACUCUGGCUUUAAUCCCCCCCAAAUUUCUACGCUUCCCUACUGUCGGAGUGAGUUUUUAAUUGACUAUUUGUAAAACCCUUUCAACCCUAGACCAUUUGCAAACUGGUUAACACAUCACGCACAUAUUUUUGACAAGAAUCUCAGUUUUCUUUGGUGGUGUCUGACUGUAACCAGUUUUUACUGUGCCUUGCAAAAGUAUUCCGACACCUUGAACUAUCUCACACAUUUUUAUGUUACACCCAUAAACGUCAAUGUUUAUUAUUGGUAUUUUAUGUGACAGACCAACUCAAAGUAGUGCUUACUUUGAAGUCAAAGGAAAAUUUACACAGGUUUUAACAGACAAUUUUUUUUUUCCAGUUCUGUUUUUGAAAACAGCGUAACCUCAGAUUGGUUGGUUGAGGAGCAUCUGUGAACAGUAAUUUUUCAGUUUUGUCAAAGAUCCUCAGUUGGAUUUUGGUCAGGACUUUGACUAGGCCAUUUGAUCUAAACCAUUCUAAUGUUACUCUCAGCUGUAUGUUUAGGUUAAUUCUGCUGGAAGGUGAACCUCUGUUUCUGGAUUUAGCUCCAACUUUCCCUGUUGAAGAAAAGCAUCCCCACAGCAUGAUGCUGCCACCACCAUUAAUCACAGUGGGGAUAGUGUAAACAGACAAAAGGUGAAACAGUUCAAUGAGUUGAUUAACUGUACAAGACCGUAUCAACUGUAUCUAAUUAACAGAAUGAAUGCUGACUGAUUAAAAAAAGAUAUUUGUUGACUAAUCACACUGAA